UGUGAUGCAGAGGCAGUGAAACCCGAUAGGGAAAGCUCAGUCUGGGCGAAAAUUGUCAGGGAAUCGAAAUUGCCAGAAACAACGCUAGUUCUACCCAAUUUAAAACAACCGAAAAUUGCCAGUGAAAACAGGGAAACAAAGGGAUAAAAGUUCGGACCGUGUGCGUGUUAUAAAAGUUCCCUCUGUGUGUGUGUCUAUGUCUCUGUGUGUGUGCGCGCAAAAAGAAUAGAGAAAGCAAAGCAUCCCGAAGGAGUGGCACACAAAGUGUUUGCAUAACUUAACUCGCCCUAACCACCCAUUAAUAACUUGAUUAAAUGCCCCGAAAUCUCGACGAAGGCGAGGACUGAUGAAAUGGAUAUGCGGAAAGAACAUCCACGGUGGUGAAUUUUCAGUGUGGCGCCAAUUGAGGCGUGGUCGCGCCAAUCCAUUUUGGCAUGGAUUCCGUCCAGACAGCACAGUGUAUCGUGUGUUCCGUCGUCGUUUGCGUCCUGCUCAUCAUCACGGGGUUCCUCAUUUUCAUCCUGAGUUUGUAUGCCUUUGCUCCCCUUAUGGAUAAGGUGCAGCACCGCCUUAUAGAGAUCAAUGUGACCACCACAGAGACCACCAUUCAGGAUUACGAAUAUGGUUGAGCUGGAGGAAACACUUUUCUGUACUUGCUCAAUUUUUGAUUGAAGAUUUGUCAAGAUAUUCUCGCCAAUCAGUGACUUUGCUCUCGUUUUAAAUAUUCUAUUUUGCAUAUAGGUCAAUUUGUAAAUGAGUUAUAAAUAUAGAA